GGUCGGUAUCCGCGGCUUGUUUCAGCCUUCUGCGCACAUCUUCGGCUUACCAGCGAGAAUAUCGGCGGCUAGCCGCAGAGGCUAGCUGUUGGUGACGUUCCUUAUCGCCUAGGUGCUGUCUCUCCGCUGAGCUUUUCUACAACCCGUUCACUUUGAUCUCCGGAGGAGGAAAAUAACAACACGGCUCCGACGUUGAUGAACCAGACUUUCCAGCCCAUGUUGAAAAUGAGACCCAAGUGAUCCGGGGAGACGAUGGACUUUGAGGACGUAAGCUGGCCGAUCCUGGUGGCGCUCUUCUGCGUCUCUCUCCUGGUUGUGCUCACAUGGCUCCUUCAGUUCUCGCAGGCUUCGCUGAGGUCCAGGAGAGGUGGCAGAGCUGCGCAGGGCAGAGAGACACCGUGGCAGCUGCCCUUGCGUCUCACCCACCACACCCUGACUGGAGGAGUGUGGGGCUUGCUGCUCAGGUACCGGCUGGGCCGAGGCGACUCUGAGGCCGGAGUUAAGGGCCUCCUGUCCUCACUUUUCACGUUCAGGUCGUUCAGAGAGCACUGGCAGCGAGCAUGGGUGAGGGCGCUCAACGAGCAAGCCUGCCGGCAAGGGAGCUCAAUUCAGAUCACCUUCGACGAUAGCCUUCAGCUCCCUGUGUCCGCGUCCAUCGAGCAUGUGACCUGUACGGACCAGUCAGCGCACAGCAUGGUUCUGCAGUGCAAAUGUUCGGUUGACACGGUAAUGUUCCCUGUGACUGUCACUCAGCAGUCACCUGCAGCUGUCUCCAUGGACACAUACCAGGUUUCCAUGGAGCCCAUGCAGGCCCAGUUGCAGGUCUGCUUGGAGGAGGUGGAGGAAGAAGGUCUGCUGGUGUCCUGGAUGUUUUCCCAGCAGCCCCUGCUCUCUUUAACCCUGACACCACGGCAGAGAGUUCAGAGGGAGGACUCGGAGGCUGAGGUGGACGUGGAUAUGAUAGCAAAGUUGGUGGAGGAUACACUGUAUGCCACGCAGCCUGCAAUGAUCCUCAACCUGAGAGCGUGUGUGUCCAGUCCUGCUUUUCCCAGAGAAAAACAAGAAUGGAGUCAAAACUCUCCGCAGCAAAGCAACGCUGUCAAACGCCUUCUGGUACGCCAGCUCAAAGUCUCCAGGAUCAAAAAAGGUUCGCAGGCUCAUGUUGGGGAGCUGUGCUGCGUGCUGAGCCUGGACAUCCCAGUGCUGGAGAAGAGAACCCGCUUCCUCACACGUUCUUCCAGCCCCAGAGCCACGCUGGACUGGGGGGAGGACUUUACACUGGAUUUGCAGCCAGAAACCAAAGAACUCAAAGUUAGAUUAGUGGAGCGCAAUAGCAAAGGAGAACAAUUCUUGCCAGGCCACGCUUGUUUAUCCCUGAAUAUCCCUAAGAGGAGUCCCAGUGGGCAACAAAAGCUUUCAAUUACACCAGGUCAUGGCCUAACACCGACGGCUACUGUCACGUUGGAGCUCAUGUAUGUGGAGCUGAAUGACGUGCGUGGAUUUCAUAACGCCACCCCGCUCCGCUCCUCGCUCACGCCGUCCAAAAAAGUGGACGUGGACCGUACGAUCAUGCCCGACGGCACUAUCGUCACUACGGUCACCACCAUCCAGUCACGGCCAAAGCUGGACCGCAAACAAGGAGAUUCUCCCUCCAAGUCUCCAUCUAAGGUGGAGGUUACGGAGAAAAGACCGACAGUGCUGACAGAAAGCUUCCAGAGCCGAGCCAGCAUCAGCCCCACGGCCAGCACAAGCCCCAUCUCAAAUGGGCUGGAUCCUGUAGCAGAGACAGCAAUCCGGCAGCUGACCGAGUCGGCCAGUAAGACGGUGAAGAAAACACCCACUAAACGCAGCACCCUCAUAAUCUCUGGAGUGUCAAAGGUUCCCAUUACAGAAGAUGACUCUGCGCUGUCGGUGGGCUAUGCUGCAGCCAUGGACGCUGCCUUGCAGGGGGACAGUUCUCCCGCCGGGGCCCCCAACCACCACGGAGGUGCUGCACACCAGGAAACAGAUGAGACCACACCGUCCGACGCGUCUGAGAGGCCAUCUGUGGACGACGUGGAGUCAGAGACGGGCUCUACAGGAGCACUCGAGACACGCAGCCUCAAAGAUCAUAAAGUGGGCUUCCUCCGGAGUGGCACCAAGCUCUUGUUCCGCAGGAGACACAGGGAGAAGAACUCCAGCUUCAGCCAAUCCCACGAGGACGUCACCAACCUGGACAAUGACCCGCCCACGGCUUCCUGCUCCUCCAGUGGUCGCAAGAAAUCCGGAAGCUUCUCCCGUCGCCUCAUCAAACGCUUCUCCUUCCGCUCAUCUAAAAGCAAGGGAAAAACCAGUUCUACAAACGGAGGAGCCAGCUCGCUCGACAAUUGAAUCAUGAACAGAGACAGGGGAAAGACAUGGUGCAGGCGCCAGUCGAAAUGACGUUUGAAGGAGUAGUGUAAACAGAAAACAAGUUUGUGAUUUGUGGUGUUCGUUUUUCAAAGCCUUUUGUGAGACUCUGUCAUCAUUAGGGCCAAAAGGCCGAAUUUUGACCCUUCGUGUCCAACGUACUUGACCCAUGCAAACGAUGAGGACAGAUUGCUCAGGCUGAAAUCUAAGAUAUGGGAAAAACAAAGGGUUUGUGAACUUCUGAAAGACUUGUGAUUGUCUAAACUGUUUAUUUAGUAAAAUACUUCAAACGGCUGCUUUUCUGGAUAAUAAGGAAGAACAACAGUAGGAGAGUGAAAUGCUGUUUCAUACGUUCAGCACAAGGGGGCGAUGUGAGCCAAUCCUCAUCAAAACCUCCCACUUUAUGUUGCGAUGUGUUUCUAUUAUUUAUUUUAAUUUCCAUCGGCUGCACUUUGGGACUUUAUCAGAUUGUUUACAGCGCUGGGGAGCGUUUUCAUCUCGUUUUAUCACUUUGUGCUUUUUGACACUAAAUGAUUACUCCUUACCAAACCGGGAGAUUCACAUAUUACAUAUGGUGCAGCUAGUACUGUGUGCAUAGUUGUUUUUGCUGUAGUUAUUGGCAAUUUAGAUCAAAUAUUAAGCUCUGUUUUUCAAAUAGUGGUACUUAUUUGCCUUUCAUCGUGGCACAGUCUUCUUUUAUAAUAUUUAUUUGUGAACAAAAACAAUAUAUCUCGUUUAUGUUUGAGGGAAAUUUGGCUUGUAAGUUAGGACACAGGUGGUGGAGAUAAACUAAGUAAAGUGAUCUAUGUUUAUUCUUAAAUUAUAUUUAGUUACAUUUACAUUAAGUUGAAAAAAUAUUUCAGGGUUCAUGCAUAUGGAAAAAAAACAACCUCAGGGGACAUUAACAGUUUGUGCAAAUAAUUUUCCAUCUUUUCAACACCAAUCCCAGAAAUUUGCUCCAAACCUACAGUAAAUUUACAUCCUUUUUUUUCUUACUUGCAAUAACCCCCUUCCCCAGCAUGGAUAUUUUAGAGAACCUGGCCUAAAUACGUGUAAAUAGCGUUGUUUAAAUGAGAAUGCUUUCAUGUGUAAAUAAAAUGUGGAGGAGAAGGCCAUUUCUCAAUUGUUAUUUAAAUUGCCUUUGCACCUCAAAUGGUAGGCUUUACAAGAACAGUUUAAUUCCUUACUCAUCCCAAAUUUCAAUGCUUUAAAAAAAAAAAGAUUUAACUAUACAAAUAAUUUGUCCCACUUAUAAAGUGAAGUACUACAGAUCUUGUCUUCUUUUUAGCCCCGUCUCAAUGCUCUUUGACUGCAAAUCCUCACAUUCCAUCGCAUGACCGUAUUCUUCCAAGCUUUGUCAUAGGAUUAAAAAUCAUAUACAAGUCAAUAAUGUUUUAAAUGAAUCAUACAAUGCCAGGAUGUGUGGUUUCGUUUCCAGUCUCUUCUCUACUGCGUGAAUGGAAACAUCACACUAAACAAUAACUUUAGAGACCCAGAAUGUUUUUAUUUCACAACAGUGAAGAGACGAAAGUCCCCUCAGAUAGUUGGAGCUAUAUAUUACCAUGUGGCAAUGUUUAAUUUAUUCUGAAUAAAUUAUUUUUGGAAAAUG